AUGUCGGUCUCAGCAGCAUUGAAGAGUCGGGUCAGGAGGCCAAGUUAUCUCAAGAAGAUUGCUAAGGCUGAGGAUUUGCUUCAUCACUUCCCCAAUGGAGCAUACAUUGGCUGGAGUGGCUUCACUGGUGUGGGAUACCCAAAAAAGAUCCCCACGGCCAUGGCCGACCAUGUCGAGAAGAACAAUCUUCAGGGCCAGCUCAAGUACAAUCUCUUUGUCGGUGCAUCAUCAGGUGCAGAGACCGAGAACCGAUGGGCACGUCUCAAUAUGAUCGAGCGCCGGUCGCCGCAUCAAGUCGGCAAGGAGAUUGCCAAGGGUAUCAAUAACGGCAACAUCAACUUCUUCGACAAACAUCUUAGCAUGUUCCCUGUCGACUUGAUGUACGGGUUCUACACAUUGAACAAGCCUCACAACAAGCUAGACGUUACCAUUGUGGAAGCAUCCGCCAUCACUGAAGACGGUGGCAUCAUCCCUGGAGCCAGUGUUGGCGCAUCACCCGAACUGAUUCAGAUGGCCGAUAAGAUCAUCAUCGAGGUCAACACCGCAGCUCCUUCUUUCGAAGGUUUACAUGACAUUACUAUGACUGAUCUUCCACCACGCCGAAAGCCUUAUCUCAUCAUGUCUCCGGAGGAUCGCAUCGGCACACCACACAUCCCUGUUGACCCAGAGAAGGUCGUGGCGAUUGUAGAGAGCGACUACCCCGAUCAGACCCAGCCCAAUGCCGCUGAGGAUGAAACCUCAAGGGCUAUUGCCGCGAACCUGAUUGAGUUCUUGAAACACGAAGUUAAGCACGGCCGCCUACCAGAGAACCUUCUACCCAUUCAGUCUGGUAUUGGAAACAUAGCCAACGCUGUUGUUGGUGGACUUGCUUCUGGUGGUGCAAACUUUAAGAACCUUAAAGUAUGGACCGAAGUUCUCCAAGACUCCUUCCUUGACCUCUUCGACUCUGGCAACCUGGACUUCGCAACUGCGACUUCAAUUCGCUUCUCUCCUGACGGCUUCCACCGAUUCUACGAGAACUGGGACCGAUAUGCACCCAAGCUACUGCUCCGCUCCCAGCAAGUCUCCAACUCUCCUGAAAUUAUCCGACGUCUCGGUGUCAUUGGAAUGAACACGCCCGUUGAAGUCGACAUCUAUGCCCAUGCCAACUCAACAUGUGUCAUGGGUAGCCGCAUGCUCAAUGGUCUCGGUGGGUCCGCCGACUUCCUUCGUUCUUCCAAGUACUCCAUCAUGCACACACCCUCGUCGCGUCCUACUAAGACCGAUCCUACUGGUGUCUCCUGCAUUGUCCCCAUGUGCACUCAUAUCGAUCAGACCGAGCAUGAUCUCGACGUCAUCGUCACCGAGCAAGGUCUCGCUGAUGUCCGUGGUCUCUCUCCCAAGGAGCGUGCCCGCGUCAUCAUCAAGAAGUGCGCCCACCCUGACUAUGUACCAAUUCUCGAAGACUACUUCAACAAGGCAGAGUUUGAAUGCCUAAGGAAGGGCUGGGGUCAUGAGCCGCAUCUGCUGUGGAACAGCUUCGACAUGCACAAGCACUUGAACGAGCACGGCACCAUGAAGCUGCCCAAGUGGGACUACUCCAGUGCGGAGAAGGCCAUGUAA